UGCACGCCGGGAGCGGAAGCGGCGGCCGCGUGGUGGCUCCAACAUGGCGGCCCCCGGCAGGAGGAAGCUGGCGGAGCUGAGCCUGGACGAGUUCCUCGCUGCCGGCUCGGACUCGGAGCAUGACGGCGGCUGGGAGGAGGAGGAUGAGGAGGCAGAGGAGGGCAGCCGGGCUCCCAGGCAGCGGCGGCCGAGCGGGAAGGCGGCCGAGGGGCUGCAGGCACGGCCGGGCAGCAGGAAGAAGGGAAAGGCAUCUGAGCACAAAGAUCAGCUGUCCAGGCUGAAGGACAGAGAUCCUGAGUUCUACAAGUUCCUGCAGGAGAACGAUCGCAGGCUGCUGGAUUUUGAUGCCUCAGACAGCUCUGAGGAGGAGGAGCCUCUGCACAGACCCCCUGAUACCCUCGAGGAAGCCAGUGAUGAAGAUGAUGAAGAUGAUGAUGAAGAACAAGAAAAAGUCAAAAGGAAGAAAGUUUCCCUCAUCCAUGUGAGCCUGAAAAUGGUGGAGGAAUGGAAGAAAGCUGCCCAGAGGAAUCUCACCCCAAAACUCUUCCAUGAGAUCACCCAAGCCUACAAGGCAGCAGUGGCCACCACCAAAGGGGACAGUGGUGGUGACCCCAGCAAGUUCCAGGUGACUGACACUGCAGUGUUCAAUGCCCUGGUGUCCUUCUGCAUCCGCGACCUCUUCCAGCACCUGCACAAGCUGCUGCUCCCCAAAGCCCCCAAGAACAAGCUCAAAAUGGUUCUCCCUUCCAGCAGCCCCCUGUGGGGAAAGCUUCGACUGGACAUCAAAGUUUAUCUUGGCUGUACCAUCCAGCUCCUGGGGUGCCUGACAGAGGCCUCAGUGGGUGCAGCAGUCCUGCAGCACGUCAGUGCCACAGUUCCCUACUACCUGUCCUUCCCCAAGCAGUGCCGGGCUCUGCUCAAGCAAGCCAUCACUCUGUGGAGCACAGGGGAGGAGACAGUCCGAGUCCUGGCCUUCCUGGUGCUCAACAAGAUCUGCAGGUACAAGAAGGAGGUGUACCUGAGCCCCCUGCUCAAGCAAAUGUACAUUGCCUUUGUGAAGAACUCCAGGUUCACCUCUCCCAACGUGCUGCCCAUGAUCAGCUUCAUGCAGCGCACGCUGACCGAGAUGCUGGCGCUGGACACGCACACCUCGUACCAGCACAGCUUCAUCUACAUCCGCCAGCUGGCCAUCCACCUGCGCUCUGCCAUGGCCCUCAGGAAGAAGGAGAACUUCCAGUCAGUCUAUAACUGGCAGUACAUCCACUGCCUGCACUUCUGGUGUCGAGUUCUCAGCACCAUCCACCCCAGUGAGGUGAUGGAGCCCCUCAUCUACCCCCUGACUCAGAUCAUUAUUGGCUGCAUCAAGCUGGUGCCAACGUCGCGGUUCUACCCCCUGCGCAUGCACUGCAUCCGAGCCCUGACCCUGCUGGCCCAGAGCACCAGCACCUUCAUCCCAGUGCUGCCCUUCAUCCUGGAGGUUUUCCAGCAGGUGGAUUUCAACAAGAAGCCAGGACGGAUGAGCUCCAAGCCCAUCAACUUUGCUGUGAUCCUCAAGCUCUCCAAUGCCAACCUGCAGGAAAAAGCCUUCAGGGAUGGCCUCAUUGACCAGCUCUAUGACCUGCUGCUGGAGUAUCUGCAUGGCCAGGCCCACAGCAUUGGCUUCCCAGAGCUGGUUCUCCCCACUGUCAUCCAGCUGAAGUCCUUCCUGAGGGAGUGCAAGGUCGCCAAUUACUGCAGAGCCAUGAGGCAGCUGCUGGAGAAGCUGCAGGAGAACUCGGCUCACAUCUGCAGCAGGAGGCAGAGAGCAACCUUUGGUGUGGCCAGCACGGGGGCUGUGGAGCAGUGGGAGAAGCAGGUGAGGGAGGAGGGGACACCCCUGAGCAGGUAUUACACCCAGUGGAAGAAGCUGAGAGAGAAGGAGAUCCAGCUGGAAAUCAGUGGCAAGGAAAGGCUCGAGGACCUGAACUUCCCCGAAAUCAAGCGCAGGAGGCAGGAGGAGAGGAAGGAGGAGGACAAGAAGGAAUUCAAGGAUCUGUUUGAGCUGGACAGUGACUCUGAGCAGGAGAAUGGUGGAUUCUCUGUGAAAGGGCCAGGCAGGGCCAGGCAGGCCUCGGAUGACAGCUCAGAGGGCAGCACUGAGGAGUUUGGGGAGGAUGAUGAUGAUGAAGAAGGAAACUACGAGGUGGAGGAGGAGGAGGAGGAAGAACUGGAAGAGGACAGCGAGUCAGAGGAGGAAGGAGCCCAGCAGAGCAGGAGCCGCCCCCAGGGCCUGUCCCACUCUGACCUGCAGCAGCUGGCACAGGGAGGGGAGGACCUGGUGCAGGACCUGCAGUUUUCUGAUGAGGAUUGAGCCCUGCAGAGCUCCUGUGCAGCUCCUGUGCAGCUCCUGUGCAGCUGGAGCUGCUGCCAGGGCCAGGAGCCCAGGGGGGACCAGCCCCAGGUGCUGGCACAGCCAGGACACUUCAACUCAGCCUGGAAUUCUCAAUUCAACCUGGAAUUCUGAACCUGGACCCCUCAGCUCAACCUGGACAUUUCAACUGAAUCUGGACACUUCAACUCAA